CUUUGACUUCCGAGCAUAAAACACUUCCCUAGAACUAAAGGGAGACGAUUUUGAUGAUUUUGUAGGGUAAUCUUCUAUCCAGUUUUCAGUAAAAAUAAGCUCCAAUCCUCUAGUUUCUAAUCUACUUGUGAGGCAGAAAGCUAAGGAUCAAUCCAUAGAUCAGACCAAAAGGAAGCUAGAAGCUAGCAUGAAUCCAGAAAAGAAUUGGCUUUCUUUCCCACUCUCUCCAACUGAAGCUGCCCACUCUCAUCCUCACUUCUCCUUUGGGCUACUUCACCCAAACAGCAGCAACACCCCUUUCCAGAAUCCAGAGUGGAAUUUCAUCAACACCCUAGAAAACGAGGUCCCAAGGGUGGCAGAAGAUUUCCUCGGCAUCGGAAACACCGCCACCGCUGCCGCUGAUAACAACCAACCUUCGGAUCUAGUGGCAUCUUACCAUGGGGAUGGACCGGGGCCGGACGAUUAUAUCUACCCGAGUGACACCGGAGGAUUCUUGCCGCUGCCCUUCCAAAUCGGCGGCGGUUGCGAUAAUCUUGAUCCGCCUGAGAGCGCGUGUAACGUGACGCUGUCAAUGGGGAGCAGUGGGAAAGGUUCAACUAGUGGUGGGGGUCACGCUGAGGCGAGCCCUAGUGCGACCACCGCCGCUUGUGGCGGCGCCAGUGGCGGUUCCAACACCAGCAUAGUUGAAGCUGCUACUCAUAGAAGGGCUUUAGAAAGUUUUGGUCAAAGAACAUCAAUUUAUAGGGGAGUUACCAGGCAUAGAUGGACAGGAAGAUAUGAAGCACAUUUGUGGGAUAAUAGUUGCAGGAGGGAAGGCCAAUCUAGAAAGGGUCGUCAAGUGUAUUUGGG